CUGAGUGGCAGCCGCGGCCGGGAGGAGCGCGAGCCUGCUGGGUUCAGUGGCUGCGCGGCGCUAGAGCGGCGGGUGCGGCGGCAGUCGGAGCCGGGCUGGACGCGACGCUGGGCACCUGCGGCGACGCCCUCCGCCCUGCGCGCCCUGCUGCUCUUCCAGGCCUGGCGCCCUGACAGGGUCCUCCGCGCCUGUAAGGGCGUGACUUCUGAGAUUUUUGUAGUUCUGCAUCAAACUAUUUCGAUUUUUACUGACCUUAGACGAGCUAUUUAGAGGUUUUCUUUUUAAAACUGUGAUCCAUAUAUCCACGUCGUUUAGGAAUCUUUCUGGGGGACUUUUUUUGACUUAAGGUGAAAGUCUAUAAAGAUGUUUCCGAGUUGGUCAGCCAUUCUAGUUCUUGGAUUCAUUCUUCUGGAUUCAGAAGGAAGGCCAAUGAAAGAAGCAGUACAUGGCCUUAAGUUCUAUCAGCCUCUAACACGAUUGCGACACAAGCAGGAAAAAAGUCAAGAAAGUUCAAGAUUCAAAGGAUUUCUGAUUCCGGAUGACCCCUUUGGAUCUUGUGAGAACAAGUACUGUGGCUUAGGAAGGCACUGUGUGAUCAGCAAAGAGACCCGGCAGGCAGAGUGCGCCUGCAUGGAUGUUUGCAGACAGCACUACAAGCCUGUGUGUGGCUCGGAUGGAGAGUUCUAUGCAAACCACUGCGAAGUGCACAGGGCCGCCUGCCUGAAAAGACAGAAGAUUACCAUUGUCCACGAUGAAGACUGCUUCUUCAAAGGAGAUAACUGCAAGACCAAUGUGUACAACAAGAUGAAAAGCAUGCUUUUAGAUUUACAAAAACAAAAAUAUAUCACGCAAGACAAUGAAAAUCCUAAUGGUGAUGACGUGUCUCGGAAGAAGCUGUUGGUGGAUCAAAUGUUUAAAUAUUUUGAUGCAGACAGUAAUGGACUUGUAGAUAUUAACGAACUGACUCAGGUGAUAAAACAGGAGGAUCUUUCCAAGGACCAUUCUGAAUGCACUUUGUAUGAUCUGCUGAAGUUUGACGAUCUCAACGCGGACAAGCACCUGGCUCUGGACGAAUUUUAUAGAGCAUUCCAGGUGAUCCAGCUGAGCCUGCCUGAGGACCAGAGACUGCGCAUCACUGCGGCCACUGUGGGGCAGAGUGUGGUCCUGAGCUGCGCUGUCCAUGGAGACCUGCGCCCCCCCAUCAUCUGGAAAAGGAACAACAUUGUUCUCAAUGACUUAGAUUUGGAAGACAUCAAUGACUUUGGAGAUGAUGGGUCCUUGUAUAUUACAAAGGUUACCACCACUCACAUGGGCAAUUACACCUGUUAUGCAGAUGGCUAUGCGCAUGUCUACCAGACUCACAUCUUCCAAGUGAAUGUUCCUCCUGUCAUCCGUGUGUACCCGGAGAGCCAGGCCAGGGAGCCCGGAGUGACCGCCAGCCUCAGGUGCCACGCCGAGGGUGUCCCGGACCCGCAGCUCGGCUGGCUGAAGAACGGGGUGGACAUCACGCCCAAGCUGUCCAAGCAGCUCACCCUGCAAGCCAAUGGCAGUGAGGUUCACAUCAGCAACGUGCGGUACGAAGACACCGGGGCGUACACGUGUGUUGCGAAGAAUGAGGCGGGCGUGGAUGAGGACAUCUCUUCACUGUUUGUGGAAGACUCUGCUCGAAAGACCCUAGCUAACAUAUUAUGGAGAGAAGAAGGUCUGGGAAUUGGGAACAUGUUCUAUGUUUUUUAUGAAGAUGGAAUCAAAGUGAUACAACCCAUAGAAUGUGAAUUUCAGAGGCACAUUAAGCCCAGUGAAAAGCUCCUCGGAUUUCAGGAUGAGGUCUGUCCUAGAGCCCAGGGAGAGGCGGACCAGCGGUGCGUGUGGGCCUCCGCGGUCAACGUCAAGGACAAAUUCAUUUAUGCCGCGCAGCCCACGCUCAGCAGAGUCCUGGUGGUGGAUGUGCAGUCUCAGAAGGUGGUGCAGGCGGUGAGCACGGACCCCGUCCCUGUCAAGUUGCACUAUGACAAAUCGCACGACCAGGUCUGGGUGCUGAGUUGGGGCAGCAUGGAGAAGACGUCCCCGACCUUGCAGGUGGUGACCCUGGCCAGUGGGAAUGGCCCCCACCACACAGUACACACGCAGCCCGUGGGCCGCCAGUUCGACCGGGUGGAUGACUUCUUCAUCCCCAGCCCGACUCUGCUCAUCAGCCAUGUGAGGUUUGGAUUCAUUCUUCACAAGGAUGAGGCUGCACUGCAUAAAAUUGACCUUGAGACCCUGUCAUACGUCCGCUCGGUGGACCUGGGGGCGCAUGGCUGCGUGCCCCACUCACUGGCCUACUCGCACCUGGGCGGCUACUACUUUGUGAGCUGUAGGCCUGAUGGCUCAGGGGCCACGCUCCCACAGCUGGUGGUGGACGGGGUCACCGAUGCGGUCAUCGGCCCCAACGAUAAUGUGACGGGUGUGCCCUAUGUGUCCCCGGAUGGCCACUACCUGGUCAGCGUGGACAACACCCGGGGCCUGGUGCAUGUACAGCACAUUGGCGCACGUGGUGAGAUCCGAGGGGCUUUCGACGUGCGCACUGACCUGCAUCUGGCCGACCUGGCCUUCCUGCCAUCCUUCACAGCCGCGCGCGGGUACACGGCUUGCGGCAGCGCUGGCACCCAGGCACUCUGCCUGGACCUGGCCUCAGGUGCCGUCAGCGUGCUGGGUGGCCUGAAGGAGCCCCUGCCCGCUGCGCAGUGGCCCUGGGAUGCCAAGAACCGGCGCGUGCAGGCCAGUGGCUUGUUCGGCCAGUACCUGAUGACGCCCUCUGAGGACUCACUCUUCAUCCUGGAUGGCCGGCUGAACAGGCUGAACUGCGAGAUCACCCAGGUCGCCAAGGGCAACACCCUGGUCUGGGUGGGUGAGGCCUAGCCUGCCCCCUGCAGGAGAGUCCCAGCCCUUUGCUCUCAGCUGAAAGUGCAAAACUUCACCUUGCAAAGUCAUGUCCCUGUCAGACAAAAAUCACUGGGUGCCCCUAGUAAAAUAGAUCAUUUCUGACAAGGAGAUAUGCAAAAAUACAGCUUAUUAGAAACAGUUAACACGAUGUCUAAUGCGAAAUGACACCACUUAGAAGAUUCAAACGCGUGAUUAUGGUUUAAACCAAUAAAAAUAUUUUAAAUGCUUUAAAAAUAACUAACCUGCAGGGAAUUUCAGAUGAUGUAAGCAUCAUGUGAUCUGAGGGGAGCAUCUGAUUUUUACUCCCAUUUUUCUGGUACAUUGAACCAGAAAUAAAAGGUAGUUUGGAACUCUAAAAUGUUUAAUUCGAAAUAUCCUGUUCCGUCCACUCUUUAUAUCUUUUGUGCCUUGAAGGGAAUGUCACAGGAGGAAAAGGAAGACUAAAAGCUGCAUACUGAACACCCUUAUAGCUAUAAAUCUAUUGUCACUUAAAACUGCUUAUAUCUCUUGUCAAAUCUUACCUUCAGUCGUCUGUGGGACCCUCUACAAAAUCACAUUUGAAGGCACAAGCUGGCCUAAGAUAGCACACAGGUGACAAACCCUAUUUGACAUUUAUUCUACAAUCUGCAGCAUGCUAUAGAAAAUGGAGAAGUUAGAGAGGAAAAUAAAUACGGUAAAAAUGUUCGCAGCGUGUGAUUCACUCACUUUGCUCUCCAUUACUGUUUGCAUUACUGUUUGAAUGCCAGUUUGUCUGGAAUCCCAGCUGCACUGGAGUGUCUCCGCUGUUGGCAGAACAGAUGCUUCUCUCAUAGCCCAGCUUUCCACAGUCAGGAGCUUUCUAAAAAAGGAACUUCAACUGUAUCUGCUUAGAAUCAAUCCAACCAGAGAAGCUAACAGCAGUGAGGCAGGGCCACAGGAGGGAGCUCAGCGGGGGAGUUCAGGAUGGGUUCAGUAGCCGGCGUAGUCCAAUGGUGGUGAGCAAGGUGGACUUCUCCAUUGCUUUUGCUAUUUAAAUACCAUACCAUGAAGAAUUUUACUCUCAGUAAUUGCCACCCAUGAUUUCUUCUAUUCAACUCCUACAUACUCCCAAAGCUAUCUUCUCACUGUGUGCAGUUGUGGGAACCUAACUAAUCCUUCCCCUGGAGACGCUGCAGAAAAGUAAAAAUCACUGCUUCUUCCAUUUGAGGAAAUGGGAAGGAGAAGUCCAGUAGUAGAUUAGCACUAGAGAGCUGGUUUAAUGAAACAAGCAGAUAAUUAUCCAGGCUUCAAGUAAUAGCUUACAUGUUUUAAGAUUUGCUUCUAAUUGUUGCUAAAACUGCUAAUGGGUUGUUGAGAUGACCUCUAUUUAGUGAAGGUAUCCAAUAAGGUCUUUUUUAAAUAUAGAUUUUACUCAUUUAAAAUGGUGUAAAACUGCAUAGAAACCUGAAAUUUUAUAGUGUGUAAUAGCUUAUGUGUGUAUAACACCCUGAGCUGUGAGGUCAUGAUUUCUUCUUAGCUUCAGGAAACAUGAGAGGUAGAUUUGACAAACAACUAAAAUCAGCUUAUCUUUCUACGUAUUGAACCUGCUUCACUUUCCUGUAAUAUUCUCCUGUGUGGACACAAACCGGAGCCUCUGUCUGGGAUUUAAUGAUUUAAUAUAUGUCUGUCCCAUACAUUCUUCUUUUGUAACUUUCACCACGUGGCUGCUGUCUUUAGAUAUUGCUUGAUAAAAGAAUAAAUCUCUUACAUUUUA